GUAUUGAAAUACCACCGACAUAUAAAUGCAUCAAAAACAUACACCAUAAAAAGUGUAGUAAUAAUACACACUAACAAGGCCCCUUUGUGAGUACUAGAGCCAUUCAUACUUCAAGUACAUUUCACUAAUAAUACACAUACUUUAUCAAAUAUUUGGCAAAUAUUCGUCUCGGGGGAUUUUCACAAUGCAGUACUAUUUCUUGAAAUACUUUAUUUGACACUGAAAGGCUUGCAAACAAGGACAAAAAUGUAAAAAUAGAAACUGAAGGGCAUCAAGGUAAUUAAGACAUAAAGAAAAUCCACCAGUUCGCCUGUAUAAUAACAAAUAUGAUGAUAAAUUAUGGAUCAUAAAUAAAUAUAUAUAACAACGCAGUGCUGUUACUUGAGUAGAGGAUCUGAAUACUUUUACUAACUAUAAGCAGGAGUUUCAACAUUGUGUGUUGCUCCUUAUUUUGUGUCCUUCAAGCAAAAUUUCUAUAUGAUGGUGAAAAUACACUGAUAUUAUUUCAGGCUACAAAGCAAAUUCAAUUAAUGUCUUAAGCUCUAAAAUGCAAAUGAUUGGACAAUAAAGGCUGCAUCAACUUUCUCUGCAUUAACACAUUUGUAACUAUAAAUAAAGACUACAAAAAAAGACUAAACACAGGAAAUGACCUUCAGGUAAACUAAGACUGGAAAGUUGAUGCUGUUUAAGUUUUGUCUGAGAUGCUUUGGCGAGUUGAGUUAAUAAUUCAGGAACUCCUUACUCCCUUGUUGCCUUUUAAUAAUUAACCAAUGUUGUCCGAAAACCCAAACAGGGAAAAACUGUGGUUUGUGUUCCGCUGUGAAACAUGAAACUGAUACAACCAAGCAUCUCCUGUCUGUGCCCUUGCUGCCAAACCACAGACAAGACUGCAAAUAGAAAAAAAAGUGAAGCAGAAAGGCAAAGUCAACAAUGUGAUUUCCUGUAUGUCAUUAAUAUUUCCUAUAUUCUGGGCUAGAAAGACGAGAAUACACUAAACCUGACCCCGGCCAAUCAGUUCCAAUCAGCCGUGUUGUCAUUUGGUGUUGUGCUUUAACUUUGUGGCUUUGUGACGACGACAGAGAGCUAAAGUCAGUUGAUUGCUCACACUGAAGAGCUUUGAUCAGCAUGCAAUUUGUGACACGAGCAAACAUGUCAGAGGCUUCUCAGUCAAAUCCCACACCCUCAGUUGCCAGUGCCUCCAAUGCGAAUGGUGAAUAGCGUCAACUGCGGCCAUAUGUUUCCUCGACAAAGACAGUUUACCGAUGUGUUUUAAUCCUUUGUAUUACACGGGAAUUCAUCAGGAGGCAUGUAUAAUCACAAAUGAACCCAUGUCUGUCACUAGUUUUUCUCUCCGUCCAUCUCACUCAGACACUAAAACCUCCUGGCUUAAUCUGGCCUAAGCUGGUGAGGCGCAGUAAAGCACAGAGGAAUCAGGAUUGCAUCCAGUGGGAACAUUGUCCUAAUCCCCUUCUGCCCUCUCCUUUGUAAACACUCUUCUCUUGGUCAGGGUCACUGAUGCUUUUUUUUCUCCUGCCCUCUUCGUCUCUCUCUCUCUGUCUCUUUCUCUGUGUCACAAUUAUGCUUCAGACGAGACUCCAGGAAAACAUAGAGGAGAUCAGCGAGGGCCGUGUGGAUUUCUUAUGAUCUCAAACAGACUCGAGCCUCACGUGGCAAGUGGGGCUUCAUGGUUGGAGCAUGCCAUGUGCUAGAGCGGUGAGGCAGUGGGAGAUCAGGCCCACGUCUGCUCUGCGGGGGAUCAGACGCGCCCGUGCCCUGAUGUGGCAGCGGAUACGGGGGCUGGCCCGGGCCUUUCGGCACGGUGUGGGGUACCGGGUGAACUACAGUGACCCCAACCGAGAGGAGCAGGAGAUGGUGUGCCUUGAGCCCAUGGGAUCAGAGCGGAUGGAGAUGCGAAAGAGGCAGAUGUCGGUGCAGCAGGAGUCGGCAGCGGGGGGAACUGCACCGGCUCAGCAGGGCCAGCCGGGCCAGGCCAAUCCACGGGCCUCAAAUGCUUGUUGCUUCUGCUGGUGUUGCUGCUGUAGCUGCUCCUGGAAUGAAGACCGGGAUGAAAGGAACCGCAAAGCAUCUUAUGACGUCAAAGAAGGGACCUCAGACUGUGAAGACUGCCCUAUGCCAACGUUGGAAGAGGUGCGCUGCUGGGGGCAGUCGUUUGACAAGCUGAUGUGUUGCCCAGCGGGGAGGAACUCCUUCAGACAGUUCCUCCGCACCGAGUUCAGCGAGGAGAACAUGCUCUUCUGGUUGGCCUGCGACGAGUUCAGCAAGGAGGCCAACAAGAGCACGGUAGAGGAGAAAGCUCGGGUCAUCUACGAGGACUACAUCUCUAUUCUCUCACCUAAAGAGGUGAGCCUUGACUCCCGAGUGCGCGAGUCCAUCAACAGGAACAUGCAGGAGCCCAACAUGCAAACGUUCGAUGACGCCCAGCUGCAGAUCUACACACUAAUGCAAAGAGACUCGUACCCCCGCUACAUGAACUCCUCGGCCUACAAAAACCUGCUCAACACUCUGUCAGAGCAGUCCCCUGAAUCAUAGGGUGGUGACGACCUGUGAUCUUUUAACUCUCUUUACCCCCCCGACCCCACCUAAUCCGUACCCUCUUUUUUUUUUUUUUAUUUACUUUGUAUGUUCAGUGUAGGAUUACAUGAACCAGGCCUCGGGCCUGGCCCCCUCCCAGGGAUCUCAGCUCCGUUGUGAUCUGCACCUGACCGAAGACACUCAGGUCUCAAAAUCUCCCGAGGGCUUGAAAUCACAAGUACUGCUACGGAUCAACAUAACAAAACACUCCAAAGGAAUAUGAAUACGUUUCUGUUUCUGAUUUCUUUUUCUUUCUUUUGAUAGAAAUAAUCUAUUUUAUUUGUGUUCAGAGUUUUUUAUGGUCUAUUGUUUUUGUAUGUUUGUUUGGGGGGAGGGAAAUGAUUCCUACUGUAGACUAUAUAUAUUUAUGAGUUUGUAAAUAGUAAAAAAAAAAUGGAAUUGUGGGUAUUUUAUGUGGAAACGCCUGGUUCUAUUUACUGCGUAUGAAAAUCAAAGCUCAAGUCAAAGGCUACACGUUAGCUCUACUUGCAGGCAGCUUUGUGGGGUACUGUAUGAUUUGAUUUACUUUGUUUUCCUCCUGUUUUUGUUACCGAACCUCACACUUUGGUACCUGUGACAACGACUUGGCAACUCCAGUUCACGUAGAACCUGUGCGUGGUUGAAACGACUGUAAAUGUGGUUAAAGUAACUAAGUGGCAGUAGCUCUGUCACGUUGUGCAAUUUGUUUCCUUAAGAAACUCCAGUUAGCAAUAGAAGGCUGUUUUAUCUUUCUUUACUCAAUCUUAUCUACAGAGAAUUGCCUUUUAUUUGUUUUUCAUUUAAGUGCUACUCACUGCACACCUCAUAGGUUUAACACAGUUUUAUCAGAGUGACAUAAGAACCAUAGUAUUUCUAUUUACCAGAUAAAGUAUUUUUAUCUAUUGAUAUCUAUUGCCAAUACAGAAAACCAAUAAGUACAAAUAAUAUUUAAGAACUACGGGGAAGCUAACUGUUUAAUCACUGUCAGACAAAGUAGAAAUUUGGGUAUCACUUCAUUUUAUGGUUCUAUAAUUUCCUUUUAACCUUUUAUGGAGUUUUCUGGACAGAAUAAUAUGACUUCGAUCUACAUAUAGAUAAAUGGUCCUCGAAAGAAUCGCUUAGUCUUAAUAUCCAUCAAUAGUCUUUUAUUUUGAAAUGAACUUCCAAGUAAUUUGCUUAUUUGCUUCCUUUGCGGAGAGUUACAUGAGAAGCUUGAUAAGUCACUGAGCAGCCUCAAAGCUCGAUCAUUUUAAAUGGGAUUAUGUGUCAGACUCUUUCUGUGAGAAAAGCCAAGUAACCAGCAGUAACUUUCUGGACUUCACACUUGUUAUCUAUCAAGUUUUCCUGGCCCCCAAAAGAAAAAGAAUCGAGCACGUAGUUAGAAGCAGACUUUUUCCCCCAUUUCCAGUCUUUGUGCUAAAGUGAACCAAUAACUCUCUGGUUGUAGCUUGAACCACAACCUCGUAUUUAAUGGACGUAGUCGUCUAACUCUGCCAGUGAGUGAAAAAGUGAAAUUCCCAACAAAUAUGUAAUUAUUAUUAAUAUUUUAAAACUCCAUAUUGGCCUGUACAUUAGUCAUUAACACCUUCAGCUGAUCUGACAUAAGAAAUUAACGUGACGCUACCAAUUAUUUCAACUUAAUUGUUGUGAAGAAUAACAAUAGAACUAUCCCCAGGUGAUGGACUUUAUCACAUUGUUCUUUCCAGAAAACCUGACAAUUACUGAGAGAUUACUCAGAAAUUAUGGACCCGUAAAAUGAAGAAUUUCUCAAAUUCAUAUGCGACCAACGUAUCAUCUGCUCCAUGAUACCAAUGGUUGGAAACUGACAGUGGGGGGGAGGCCAGGUCAGCAGCAACACCAAAGCCACCAUGUAAACUGUGUUCAUAUGUAUAAUCGCAUCAAGCAUUUCCUCUUGAGUAAAAUUGGAGUUGCCAAGUGUUCAAUACUUUUAUGUAUUCUGAUAGUUUUAGUUGAAUUACUUUGUUGCCUCACAAACAUGUCACUCAAAGACAAGAUCCUCACAUGGGGAAGUGCCUUGACAUUCAACUUUACGACAUCUUUCUCAUGGGCAACGGAUGUUUUCAGACUCUUGCCGUAAGGGUGGAUACUGGAGCACGGGGCCAGUUUACUGGAGAUUGUCCCUCUCAUUGGCCAAAUUAUCACGUGGGUUUUGUCUCGAUUCCUUAGUCAUGGCUACAUCGGUCCAUUUUGGUAGUGCGGAGGAGGAGGAGGAUGAAAACACGUGUUUAUUUGCAGAGGACAAAGAUCAGUGGAUAGGGCUGGCUGAUCGGAGCGUUUUUUGCCAACCUGUCUGCUUCACGGUGGCACUUCUACUUGUCUUAGAGUUAACUUUAACUUACUAUGUGCAAUUUGAGCUGAUGGAUACACUGCGCAGAUCAACCUCAAAACACAAUCUAAGCCAAUGGUUUGGAGUGAUGCCUAUAAAUGUUGUUUCUUCUUCUGUUUACUAUAUGAAAAGUGUUAUUUUGCGCUGAGUUUACUUAAGGAUACAUUUAAAAAAACAAAUAAUGUGAAUGUUUACAGUAUAUGGUUUAGUUUUUUUCUGCUACUCUCCAAGAAAAUAAUGACUUGUGGGCAUUUUGAUUAAGAUAAAAUAAAGCACAAUAAUUUUAUGGACUCCUGAAUGAUUUGAUCUUUAAACCACAAAAGUUAUUAAACAUUAAAAUAAAUUGAAACAGGUUAUAUGCAGUUCAAGCAAAGACUGAGGUUCCCCCCUCACAACACUUCAGCUAAAUAGACCUGAAGAUGUAAUCAGGUAAAUUAUAAUAAAAAAAACUACCAUCAAUAUUGGUAAAUUGUUUUACAAUCCCUCCGCAUAUUUAAAUAAUAGGAUUAUGUUAGAUCAAAAAGUAAGGCGCUCUUAAUAAUCAAAUAGACAGGUGAAUCUAAAUAAAGACAUUUAUUAUUUGAAAAGGUUUUUCAUAGAGAUGAGUGAAUUAGUUUAGUUCUUUAAAUAAGGUAAAACAUAUGAACCUGACCCUUAUUACAUAAUAAUCAUAAACAAUGUUCACCAAAACUUAUAAAUAUGUGUUGUACACUCACCUUUCUAUUUUUGGUUGAUUUAGUAAAUAUUAGGGGAGGUUUUGGCCUCAAACUUCUCAAAGUUCAAUUAUUAAAAUGAUCCACCCUCGU